AUGGUUGCGCUGCGGUCUCUUGUGGCCGCUUUUGCUAGCACAGCCUUGUUGGUCCAGACUGUGAUCGCGCAUUCUUUGAAGAGGAGUCCACUUAGUUACGUCUCCGUCAUCGACGAUAUCAAGAUUCACACGCCUGCCGGCCGAGUGCACUCACAUUCCGAGUUCGACCUUACCUUCUCCCUUCACGAUGGACAAGAGCGAAUUCGACUGUCUCUUCACCCCAACCACGAUGUUCUCCACGAAGACUUUGAGGUGACCUAUCUCGACUCCCAAGGAAACAUCAGAUCAAGAGAGAAAGUACAGCGCUCCGAACACAAGGUCUAUCGGGGCAACGCCUACAUUGAGCGCCCUGACGAAGAUGGCUGGUCCCUGGCUGGAUGGGCCAGGAUAACGGUACACCGCGACGGCAAGCACCCAGUCUUUGACGGCGCAUUUCGAGCUGAUGGUGACAAUCAUCACAUCCAUACUGGCACAAAGUACAACAAUCUUAAGCUCGACAGCGAUCCUGCGUUUGAGGACUGGAAAGCACGAGAUCCCGACGAGGUCAUGGUCGUGUGGCGUGACUCCGAUGUUCAGGACUUUCUCGGUCGUGGAGAGCUCAAGCGCCAUGUCUCCAGCCCGUCAGAGUGCAUCUCAGAUUCCUUGAACUUUAACAGCCAGUUUGAUAAGGAGCUCAAGCGAUCAACUGGGCUCCAAGGAAUAGAUGCCAGAAGCUUGUUUGGCCGCCAGUCCAUCGAUGGAGGCUCGGGGGGAAGUGGCCAGGACUUGAUUGCGAGCAUUGGAAGCACAGCUGGCUGCCCAACCACCAAGAAGGUGGCUUUGGUUGGCAUCGCCACCGAUUGCACGUACUGGAGCGGCUUCAACUCUUCUGAAGACCUGAGGAAAAAUAUCAUAGGAGUUGUAAACCAAGCCUCCCAGGUCUAUGAGAGUUCCUUCAAGAUCUCUCUGGGCAUAAGAAACCUGACUGUUCUUGAUCGUGGAUGCCCGGGAGCUCCUCAGGCCGCUACUCCUUGGAACGUCGACUGCCAGUCCAACACUACUAUUAGCGAUCGAUUGAAUCUCUUUUCUGCCUGGCGUGGCCGAUCUCUCGAUAACAACGCUUAUUGGUCUCUGUUCAGCACCUGUCCUACAGAUUCCGCUGUCGGGCUGGCCUGGAGAGGCCAAGUCUGUCGUCAGAGGUCAGGCACCAGUUCGGAUGGGCAAGGCAAUAACGAGACCGUCGCCGGCACCAACGUCGUAGUGAGAACAACGACAGAGUGGCAGGUAUUUGCCCACGAAUCGGGACACACUUUCGGAGCUGUCCAUGACUGCACGAGCUCUACUUGCCCUGUUGAUGCCUCUUCACCAGCUUGCUGCCCACUCAGCGCCAGCACUUGUGAUGCCGGGGGCAAAUUCAUCAUGAACCCUUCAACUGGCGUAGGAAUAUCCCAAUUUUCUCUGUGCAGCAUUGGCAAUAUAUGCUCCAGUCUCAAAGCGGCAGAUGCAUCAGGCUGCCUGACUGACAAUAAGAACAUCCCAACUGUCACAGGCAGCCAGUGUGGUAACGGCAUCGUCGAGGAAGGCGAAGAAUGCGACUGCGGCGGUGAGCAAGGCUGCCAAAACAACACGUGCUGCGACGCAAAGACUUGCAAAUUCACAACCAACUCUGUGUGUGACCCAUCCAACGAAGACUGUUGCACCAGCCAAUGCCAGUUUGCGUCCUCUGCAACGGUGUGCCGACCCAGCAUUGGAGAGUGCGACAUCCAGGAGACUUGCCCCGGUAAUGUAGCUAAAUGCCCCGACGAUCAACACAAGUCAAAUGGCGAAUCAUGCGGUAGCGGAAAUGGCCUCGCGUGUGCCUCAGGGCAGUGUACCUCUCGUGAUAGGCAAUGCCAGGUCGCCGUUGGCACCUCGGCCAACAACAGCUCGACAACUGCAUGCCCUGAUACUCAGAAUAGCUGCACGGUUUCCUGCACUUCCGGAGAGCUUGCCUUUGGACAACGUCAGUGCCUCUUGUAUGGUCAGAACUUUAUUGACGGGACUCCGUGUGGCGCCGGCGGACACUGUUCCAACGGAACAUGCACCGGCAGCUCCACGUCAAAGGAGAUCCAGCAAUGGAUCACUGGCCACAAGGAGAUUGUCAUCCCCAUUGCGGUUGUGGUGGGCAUCUUGGUCAUCGUCAUUAUAGCGAGCAUCAUCCUCAGCUGCUGGCGCCGGGUAAAGCGACGACGAGCAGUUCCCAAGACCUCCUCGCCCCCCGUUGGCGGCGGAUGGCCUCAGUGGAGAGGGAACCAGAACCAAGGACCUGGGCCGCAAGAUUAUAAUAUGACCGAGACGCAGUUUAAUCCACCGCCACCGGCGUAUCAGCAGCCGCCGCCGCCGCCUGGAUAUGGACAGCCCCCGAUUCAGGAGCCGCAGUGGAGGCCGAGAAUGGCGCGGUAUGCAUGAGUGGAUGUUUCCAUCGCUGAUAAACAGUUGUUUUUUUGUUGAUUGCAAUUCUUGUUAUCUGUGCUUUUUUUUUUUUUCCUUUUUGGGAGAGACAUGUUUUCCUUUGGAAGAGAUGGAAACCGUUUGGGAUAGCACACAAUCACUCUCUUUAGGGAUUUGAAAAAUGGGGAGGGUUGGAUUUAUAUACUUGGAAACAUUUGCACAUACUCGGGGCGUUUUUUUAUUAUGGGAGGAUGGGAAUAUUCUAUUGAUGAUUCAUGAAAGAGGAGGGAAACAUUUGUCUUUGGGAUAUAUAAUUGGUACACACGCACGCUCACGAACACUUAUACGCUCACACUUACACAUACCCAUCGUUGCAACGUUUGGAAUUUCAACUUCUUUUUCUCUUUUUGACUAUGUAUAAUAUUUUGCUUUGCAAUACUUCUACGUGUAUCGAGUUGAUGACAAUAUAUGUUGAGUAUAUAUAUUAUAUAUCUUUCAUUUCAAUCUGCUGAUAUGGAAUAAGUCAAAAAAAAAAAAAAAAUCAUCAUGAGAGUCGUCAAAAUAGUAUCUUCCAAGAGUGUGCCGUAAUCCGCUGAGAAUGAAACCCCUCGAAACAGAAGUUAAAAAGAAAGCCCAUAAAUAGACCCCCUCAAUUAAACAAGGAUGUCCUCUUCAUUAGGCCGUCCUGCGAUUAAUGUUCAUAGCCUUUCGCAUAUUCGCCUGUCUCUCCCGCGCCGCCCUGGUCACCGCCC